AUGGUGGACCCAGUGCCUGAAGAGGAGAAGGAGGGAGCAGAGCCCGGAGGCUCGGAAGGGGACGGGGCCACCGCGUCUGUGCCCCCUGACGCCCAGGGCGCCCAGCAGCCCGCAGCUUCCUCUGCCUCGGCCUCCGCGGCGGUGCCGCACAAGGCAGAAGUCCCUGGCUCAGCAGAAGGAGGACGACGGGAGCAGUCCCCGAUGCUGCACCUCGACCUCUUCAACUUCGACUGUCCCGAGGCUGAGGGCAGCCGCUACGUGCUGACCAGCCCCCGCUCGCUAGAGGCCUGCGCCCGCUGUGCUGUCAAGCCCGUGGAGCUGCUGCCACGGGCCUUGGCUGACCUAGUGCGCGAGGCCCCUGGCCGCUCCAUGCGGGUGGCCACUGGCCUGUACGAGGCGUACGAGGCGGAGCGGCGCUCCAAAUUACAGCAGUGCCGGGCCGAGCGCGAGCGAAUCGUACGCGAAGAGAAGCGGCGCCUCUUCACGCCGUUGGGCCCCGCGGCUGCAGCCGCCGCCGCGGCCUCAGCAUCAGCCCCAGCUCAGAGCGCGGGUAGCAGCAGCAGUUGCAGCAGCACCAGCCUCCCCGCGUCACCCGCACCGCGUGCCGCCCGCAAGGCCUCUCCCAGUCCUUCCUCUGCUCGGACCCAGCCUCCUCCCGCAGGUUCUCGGACAGGAAGAAAGAGCCACUCGCUGGAUUCGCUGUCCCGCCGGCGUGACGGUGCUCUCAGCUCCGAGUCCGGUGCAUCGUCGUCCUCCUACAGCGGGGAGAGCCUUCGAGAACUUCGCUGGCCGCCCCGGGCCUCAGCCAGGAACAGCUGCCCGGCAGGGUCAGCGUCCUCUGUCUCCAACCCUUUGGGCCGUCCUUCGGCGCUUACCCUGGUUCCACUUACAGGCCGAAGCUUCAGCCUUGGCGACCUGAGCCACUCUCCGCAGACUGCUCAGCACGUGGAGCGCAUCGUACGCCAAGUGCGCGCCGAGCGAGGCCUGCGCGGGGUGCCAGAACGGGACCGGAAGAUCGCUGCGCUCAUGCUGGCGCGGCACCAAGAGGAGCGCCUGUUGCUGGAGCAGCGCGCCGCAGCCCACGGCCAGUGGGAGCAGCAGCGCGUGCGUGCCGAGCAGCGGCGGGAGCGGGAGGAGCGCGAGAAGCAGCGCGCCCUAGAGCAAGGCCGCCGGGCCUGGGCUGCGCAGGUGGAGGAGCGACGCGGCCGCCGGGGCCGCGAGGAGCGUGAGGCAGCUCGACGGCGACAGCAGCAGUGCGAACGCAGCGAGGAACGACGGCGGGAGCUGGCCGAGCGCCAGGGCCUACUGCGGCGGGAGCGGGUGGAGCGCGCCGCUCGGGAGGACCGGCUGCGUAAGCUGCAGCAGGAACAGAACCUGAAGCAGCGGGAAGAGGGCCUGCAGGAAGGGCGCGAGCGGGCUGAACAGGUCCGCAGGGAGCGCGCCCAGCGAGCAGCCCGCGCCAAGCAGCGGCAGGAGGGCCAGCUGCAGCGCGAGAAGCGGGAGUUGAGUCGUGCAGAGCGAGCGCGACACGAGGCGUUGUUGCGGGGUCGAGCCCGGCAGCAGCAUGAAGAGCGAGAGGGCCUGCGGAGCUCCCUGGAGGCCAGCUUGGGCCGCGCGCAGGAAAACUAUGAGCAAUUGGUGGAACAGCGCACCCGGGAGCUGAGGGAGAGGGCCCGGAAGGAGGAGUUGCAAAGCCGGCGAGCCAAGGAGGCCGCAGAACGCAAAGAGCGGGAACAUCAGGCUCACCUGGAGGCCCUGGCUAGGGCCGGGGAACGACGGCUGCAGCACGCCGCGCAGGUGGCCGAAGAGGCAGUGCAGCAAAAGGCCCGGCGCGUGGGCCAGACCCGGUUGGAGAAAGAACGGGCCCAGCGCGCUAACAAGGAGAAGGUAGAGAGAGACGAAGACUGCCGCCGGAGGGAGCUGCUCCAAGCAAUUGGGCGGAAGCUGGAGCGCAGCGAGCAGCUGACGCGGGAACGACGAAGUGCGCUGGAAAGUGCUCGCUCCACAGCCCGCGCCUCCUUCCACGUGCGUGAGAAGGUGCGAGAGGAAACCAACACACGCUCCUUCGACCGAAUGGUGCGGGAGGCCCAACUACACGCCAGCCUCGACCGCAAAUGA